AUGGCUCGGCUGAGAGACUCGCGCUCACCAAGUCCUGCAGGCAGCUCUCACAGUUCCCGCCGUCACCGCAAAGAUGACGAUCGCCGGGAACGGGAUCGUCGCGAUGACGGGAGGGACCAUCGCCGGCGCACCAGGUCGCGCAGCCCUGAUGUGAGAAAACAACACCGCAACCCCGGCGGCCUUUAUUCUGACGAGAUUGUCCGUGACCAGCCCCGAUACCGCGACCGCGAUCGUGAUAGAGACAGAGACCGCGGCCGAGACCGGGACUAUUAUCGUCGCAGAGACCGCUCGCUAGACCGACGCGACGAUGACUACUACCGCGGCGGACGACGAGACCAUCGAGACAGAGACCGCCGGAGAUCGCGAAACCGCUACGAUGAUAGAAAUCGAUCGCCCGACCGUCGACGAAACCGCAGCCGGGAUAGCGAUCGAGAUUUCAGAAGGCGAGACGACUCCCGCGACCGUGUCCGCGGUCGACGUGAGGGUACGGCUGACUCCCUUGCUCGCAGCAACCGUGAGGAUGGUCGAAAUCAGAGGACCCCGCUAGGUGACAAUGGGAAUACCGCUGCCAACGAGGCCCAGAAGUCCAAGACGAAUGCUGCGCAAGCCGAGAUCGACAAGAAGGCUGAGCGACUGGCAAAGCUUGAGGCGUGGAAGAAGAAGAAGGAGAGCGCCAGUCAGAAACAAAAGGAAGUAAAUCCGAGUCAGACAAGAAAUCUCUUGGCUGAAAUGGAUAAGAAGGCCAGCGGCGCAUCGUCAAAGACAGUGUCUCCGUCAGUUUCUGCUGCCGCUUCACCUGCGCAAACGCCAACCACUGCAUCUCCCAUUACUCCUUAUGCCGGAAAAUUCGAUCCCAAGGCCAUCGCAAAGAAGUCGGCCGCGUCACGAUCACACGAUGCUUCCAAGCCAAUUCUGGGCUCCAUUGGAGGCCCAGCCGAGAAGAUCUCGGUUCCCGUAAAGCAAGCAAGCAAUGGUAUGGUUGGAUCCCCUCCUUUCACAUUGAAUUUGAUUGAUGAGAUAUUCGCAGCGUCGGCCCUCCCCGCGAACCGAGCCAAAGCCAGCGGGUUUGGCUUCGUCAAGAGCCACGCAGAAAACGAGAAGCUACCCACCAAGCGCAAACUUGAUUUGGACGAGGAAGACACAACAAAGAGGAAGCUCACGAAGCUUCCUGCUCUCCCUAUCGAGGCUGACGAUACUCCUUAUGCUGAUCAGGACGAUGAUGAGUCUGAUGGAGACAACUUUGCCGAGAACGAAGAGGAGGCGGCCGCAGCAGCUCGCGCCGCACACGAAAGGCGACUACAGGCGGAGAACCAGAUGGACCAGGAUGAGGACAAGACCACAACGACAGAAGCACAACCCAACGGGGACGCAGUUGCGGAUAACUCGGCUGACAAGGCCCCGGUGCCUGAGCAGAUGGAGGUUGACGAGGAGGAUGAAGUGGAUCCGCUAGACGCAUUCAUGGCUGAUCUCAAGCAGACAGAGGGGAAGAAGCCUGCCAAGACAUCAAAGACACAGAAGGUCCAGGAACCCGAAGCCUACUUCAGCGAUGACGAAUACAACUUUAACAAGGAGGAGAACGGCGACCCCAAUGCUCUGCUGGCCAUGACGGCCAAGCGAAAGAAGAAGGACAUCCCGACAAUCGAUUACACCAAAGUUGAGAUUCAACCCAUCAGGAAGAAUUUCUGGGUGGAGCCAGCCGAGCUCAGUCAGCUCACAGAAGCCGAAGUUACUGAUCUACGCCUGGAACUGGACGGGAUCAAGGUCAAUGGAAAGGAUGUGCCUAAGCCGGUUCAGAAGUGGGCGCAGUGUGGUCUCACUCGCCAGACUCUGGAUGUUAUUGACAACUUGGGAUAUGAGAAGCCUACACCGAUUCAGAUGCAAGCUCUUCCAGCUCUGAUGUCUGGUCGCGAUGUCAUUGGCGUAGCCAAGACUGGCUCUGGAAAGACUGUCGCCUUUCUACUCCCCAUGUUCCGCCACAUCAAGGAUCAGCCUCCGCUGAAGGAUACAGAUGGUCCCAUCGGGUUGAUCAUGACUCCUACUCGAGAACUGGCAACACAGAUUCAUCGCGACUGCAAACCUUUCCUGAAGAUGAUGGGCCUCCGAGCUGUAUGCGCAUACGGUGGUGCCCCAAUCCGGGAGCAGAUUGCUGAGUUGAAGCGAGGCGCUGAGAUUAUCGUGUGCACGCCAGGCCGCAUGAUUGAUCUGCUUGCCGCCAACCAGGGUCGAGUCACCAACCUGAAGAGAGUCACCUACGUGGUGCUUGAUGAAGCUGACCGAAUGUUUGACAUGGGUUUUGAGCCUCAAGUCAUGAAGAUCUUUGCCAACAUGCGACCGGACAAACAGACGAUUUUGUUUUCAGCGACCAUGCCUCGCAUCAUCGACUCGCUGACCAAGAAGGUCCUCAAGAAUCCAAUUGAGGUGACGGUUGGUGGACGAAGCGUUGUUGCCAAGGAGAUUGAGCAGAUUGUCGAAGUUCGUGAUGAAGCCAGCAAAUUCCUGCGUGUUCUUGAACUCCUUGGAGAGCUGUACGACAGAGACGAGGACGCUCGCACGCUCAUCUUUGUUGAGCGCCAGGAGAAGGCAGACGACCUUCUGAAGGAGCUCAUGAUCAAGGGCUAUCCAUGUAUGUCGAUCCAUGGAGGCAAGGACCAGGUUGAUCGUGACUCGACCAUCUCGGAUUUCAAGAAAGGCGUUGUGCCGAUCCUGAUUGCAACAUCGGUGGCGGCUCGUGGUCUCGAUGUCAAGCAGCUCAAGCUUGUCAUCAACUACGACGCGCCAAACCAUCUGGAAGACUAUGUUCACCGAGCAGGCCGAACAGGUCGCGCCGGCAACACCGGUGUGGCUGUCACGUUUGUGACACCAGAGCAGGAGAACUGUGCGCCGGGCAUUGCCAAGGCACUCGAGCAGAGUGGACAACCUGUACCUGAGAGGCUGAAUGAGAUGAGGAAGGCCCAUCGUGAAAAGGUCAAGUCUGGAAAGGCCAAGGACACGUCAGGUUUCGGUGGCAAGGGUCUGGACCGUCUGGAUCAGGAACGAGAGGCCGCUCGUCUUCGUGAGCGCAAGACCCACAAGGCCGAGGGUGAGGAAGAAGAAGUCAAGGAGGACAAGAAGGACGAGGAUGACAAGGCAGAGAAGGCUCUCAGCGCGAUCCGGGCGGCAGCAUCAAGCGUUCAGGCUCGCGAGGCGCAAAAGGCCGAGGGGGGCGCAGAAGCCAAGCCUACACAGACCGUCAACACCAACGUGGUCAAGGACAAGUCCAAGGAUCCGCUGGACAAGGUCAGCUCGGCAGUCAGCGCCAUCAACAGCCGUCUUGGAAAGGCCGGCCAGCUUCGUGCUGGUCAGCCCAUCGACAACAAGGGCCCAGACGCCGGAGCGUUCCAUGCUACCCUGGAAAUCAACGACUUCCCUCAGAAGGCCCGAUGGGCUGUCACCAACCGAACCAACGUGGCCAAGAUUCUGGAGGCUACAGGCACUUCGAUAACAACAAAGGGCAACUUUUACCCGCCGGGCAAGGAGGUGCCGGCAGGGGGGGAGCCGAAGCUGUACAUCCUUAUCGAGGGCGACACCGAGGUUGUGGUUGGUUCCGCUCUGAGCGAGCUGACACGUCUGCUGAGAGAGGGAACAAUCGCGGCUGCGGAUGCAGACAACAGGGCGCCGGCAAGCGGCAGAUACACCAUUACCUAG